ACCGCCCCUUUUCCUGGGGAUAGAAGGCUCCAUUUUGAGAAGCCUAUUCUGCCUUCUAGACUGAAGGAGAAACAUCAUAGAUGUGCUUGUGUGGCCAAGCCAGGCCAACUCUGAAAAGGCCAUCUUUCUGGGGAGAUAGAAGCUCCCCUGGGAGGCUAGCAGCCAUGAGGUGGAGCGUAAGAACCAGACCUCCGAGAGUGCAGAGAGCAGCUUCCUCUCGGAGCAAAUCCUGACUUCGCCAAAGGACAAACAACCCAUAGAGUUGGGUUCAAAGGAAGUUGGGAUCCCUUCGGAGGUCCUGGAGGAGGGGGCGGCCCGGGCCCUCGAUACAGAGAGUGUCCAUGAGCCCCCUCAGAAGACAUCAACGGACUCCGAAGCGGCAACGCUGGCUGACAUCCCCAGCCUGGAGGAUGAGGUAUGGGACCCUCUCCCCAGUUCAAGCAGCUCCAUAGGACCCAGCGAAGAUGAAGAUCCUGCCCUGCACCCUAGGAGAUGGUCCUCCCUGGACCCAGAACAGGCAAAACAACACCUGCACCAUCUUUGCCUGCUGGUCUGCAGUUCCUCCUCUGCAGAGGUCACGCAGGCAGUGGAUUAUGUGGCCUGAAAACAUCUAAAGAUGGCCACGGACCACUUUCUGGAGUCCGAUGGGAGGGCAUGCAGUGAAUUAGUAAGCGCCGUACUCAAUUCACCCUAUUGUUGCCUGGAAGCGGCGCUGGACCUGUUCCUGGCCAAGGUGAAGGAGGGACCUUGGCUGGCCCAGGAGGGCAAGGAACAGGGCAACCCUACUUUUGAUGCGGCCACGGCAAGAGCGACGCGGGCCAUCGGCGGGAUCGUCAGACACAUCAGGGACAGCACGUGCCUGGAGGGGUGGUUCCUGGAGCUUCUGCUCGCCUUGGUGACCAACUUCAUCGAGGUCACAAGGCCUGGGUUGGAGGCACCCAGCAGGAACCGGAGCAACAGCUACGUUCCUCCAGAAGAACUGGCAAAGAUCAUCAUCGUGCUAGUGAAGAGGGUGGCACCAAAGUCCUUCAACAGGACCUCCGAGAGGAUUCUAGAAGACCCCAGCAUCUGCCCUGAGGGGAUGGCCCUCCAGUUGCAGAGCCUCCUCAAGUCCUCCUCCUCCCUACUCCAGCACCUGCAUUCCACCUGGGAGAAAGAAGCGCCGCUGGAGCAUUCGGCCGGCGUGGUGACCUUCUACAUCCAGCUGCUGCAGAUCGGCCAGCGCCCACACUCCUCGGAGAAGACCUGGGCACUGCUGACGGCCUGGCUCCAACAUCACAGCCUGGCCAUCCAACAUCAGAGCAGGCAGGGCCUUCUCCUGCUCUGCGAGACAUACUGGGAGACCAUGGGCCUUCAGGAACUCCUGGACGGCAUCAUCGGGGGAAUGCAAUCACCCCACACUAACAUCACCAUGGAGUUCCUGAGCCUGGCUGGCCGGCUGGGGCCCCUGCUGCAUAUUGAAGACCAGGCCCUUGGGAAGGUUCACCUGACUGCCACGUGCCGCCGUCUCUUCCACCAUGAGGCGGCCAAGAUCUGAACGGCAGCCCUUGAAUGCUUCCGGCAUUUCAUCUGGCGCCCGGUACAUCCUCUUUAGGAGCGUCAGACCAUCCGUGACCUCCUGGCGGUGCUGAUGCAUGUGGAGGAUGAGGAUGAGGAGGUGGCCAAGACUGCGAGGGAGACCCUCAAGGAGGCCGCGGAGGUCCUGAAAUGGCACCUGAAGGACAGCGUUCUGGCGGAGGACACCUUCAGCUUGCAGGAGCUGCUGCAUAAGAUCUCCAAGCGCCUG